AUGUCAUCUAACGCAUGGCCACCAACAGGUCCAAAACGACAACGAAUAAUGAUUAUUGCCGCUGAUGAAAAUAUUCUUGAUCAGAUUGAAAAAAACAGCAAUGUGCCAUUAUUAAAACAAAUUGUUAUUACGUCCGAAGAUAACAAUAGUGAAAAGCCUGAUAAACAGAGCAAGGCAAAAUCAUCAUGUGAAAAGAAUAAAACUAAGGAUGGCUCUUUGACUUGUGUUGUUUGUGGGUCAUCAGCAAGUGGAUACAAUUUUGGUGCAAUUGUAUGCGAAAGUUGUAAGGCUUUCUUUCGUCGUAAUGCUCGAAAAGACCCUGCUACGUUCCGAUGUAUCUACAAAGAUGAUUGUCAAAUAACAUUUCAAACACGCCGUAACUGUUCAGCCUGUCGUUUAGCCAAAUGUUUUAAUGGUGGAAUGCAGCGUGAUCGACUUUUGACGGCUGAACAAAAAGCAGCAAAACGUCGUCAAAUAGAAGAAAAUCGAAAUCUAGCAUUGCAUUCAAAUCCUAAGACAAACGAACAAGAAUUUCAAUUGUCAUCUUCCACAUUUUUGGACGACUUACUUAUGCUCACAGAAACAGAUAUUCUUCUCACAGAUUUUACCGAUCUCCUAUCAAUUCAGCCACAGCAGACAUUACUCAGCCCGGAAGAUUUACAGCGUGUAGAAACUAUAUCACGUUUUUAUCAAAAUCGUAUCGAGCUUGCGGCACGUAAUGGUCUCCCAUGGGAUCCAUCGAUGCAUGCACAAACAUUUUUGGACGUUCUCAAUAGUCAUUCAGUAUCAGUCAUGCGACUUUUGUCAUUCUUCAAACAAAUACCUGAAUUUAAUCAACUAAAUGUUGAUGAUAAAGUUACUUUAAUUAAAUAUAAUCUUUUGACAGUUCUUGGCAUCAACAGCGCACUUUCAUAUAAUAUAGAAACUAAGCAACUCAUUGAAAGUGAGUCUGAUCUACCAUCAAAUGUACAAUAUUUUCGAGUACUUCACGGCUAUAAUAUUAGUAUGCAAACAACAAAGAUUUUUGGUGCAUUUUUAAAUAUAGCGAAACAGGAUCGAAAAAUCAUUGAAUUAACAGUUAUUAUACUUAUUCUUACAAAAGGUUUUUCUGUAAUCAGUGAUCAUGAUGAACCAUUGCUCAAUGAUAUAAUGUCUGCACAUCACGUUCAAAAUGAUUACACAGAACUAUUGUGGAAAUACAUGGAAACAACGCAUGGAUACAAAAAAACAGUUGAUUUAUUUAGUGAACUCAUUCGUCAUGUCAUAUCAUGGCAAGUAGUUUACGAACAAAUGCGAAAUAAUAUAUUGCGAACAUUGUCACCAGAGGAUAUUGGUGAAUUAGUGCCAAUUAUGAAAUCAACGUUGCGCAUUUCAUAG